UCUGAGUUUUCAAUCCCCUCUGUUGUUCCAAAGCAGGAUUCGUUUACCCAGUGUAAACAGUGUGGAAAAUCUGAAUCUGUUUAAUGUUGGAAGACUCGGGAAACAAUAUACCAGAUGAAGUGAUGGAUGCAGUAUGAAAAUACCUGGAAGAUCAAAAGGAGUGACAUCUUCUUGGUGCGUGGAGGGAUGCGUGCAGUGGAGUUCAAAGUGGUGGAGACAGAUCCAAGUCCUUACUGCAUAGUGGCUCCGGACACAGUGAUUCAUUGUGAAGGAGAGCCUAUCAAACGAGAGGCCCGCCAGGCCGCCCCUUGUGUGCUCUUCUUUGAUGAGCUGGACUCCAUUGCAAAGGCUCGAGGUGGGAAUAUUGGUGAUGGUGGUGGUGCUGCAGACCGUGUCAUCAACCAGAUCCUGACAGAGAUGGAUGGCAUGUCCACCAAGAAAAACGUCUUCAUCAUUGGUGCCACCAACAGGCCAGACAUAAUUGACCCAGCCAUCUUGCGCCCCGGCCGCCUGGAUCAGCUCAUCUACAUCCCCCUGCCUGAUGAGAAGUCCCGGGUUGCUAUUCUUAAGGCCAACCUGAGGAAAUCACCAGUUGCCAAGGAUGUCGACUUGGAUUUCCUAGCUAAGAUGACCAAUGGCUUUUCGGGGGCCGACCUAACAGAAAUAUGCCAGCGUGCCUGCAAACUAGCCAUCCGUGAGUCCAUUGAGAGUGAGAUCAGGCGAGAACGAGAGAGGCAGACCAACCCUUCCGCCAUGGAAGUGGAGGAGGAUGACCCAGUUCCUGAGAUACGCAAGGAUCACUUUGAGGAGGCCAUGCGCUUUGCUCGACGCUCUGUCAGUGACAAUGACAUCAGGAAAUAUGAGAUGUUUGCACAGACUCUACAGCAGAGCCGUGGCUUUGGCAGCUUCAGGUUCCCAUCAGGUAACCAGGGUGGCACAGGUCCGAGCCAAGGCACAGGAAGCAGCAGCGGGGGAAACGUGUACAGUGAAGACAAUGACGAUGAUCUCUACGGUUAACUUGCUGUCCUGUGUGGACCAAACUCCAAAUCAGGCCACGUUGUAUGGGGAAAAAUCCAAUGUUCAGUGGACUCUCAGCUUCUUAAUUCCUCAGUCAGAACAGUGUAUCUGCACAUCAGACUGUACAGGGAAUGUUAUCUAGAUCAAUGUUCAGUUGGGAGGCAGACAGUGAAUUAACAAGGAGGGGAACCGACUUAAUUUCUGAGAAAUUUUUGUUCUAGUUUAUAUGGCAGAAUCAGCAGCUUUAGCAAAGAGUACAGUGCUAGCCUGUAUAAAAAAUAUCACACAAAAUAAUAAUAAUAAUAAUAAAAAAAUCCCACAAAACUCUA